AGGUAGAGAGCGUGAUUGCAGUCCCAGGGGAGGGAGUCCGAGCUAGAACACCAAUUACAAACCACAGGCUUCCUCCUCUAGGGAGUUGAUCCAGAAUUGUCUUUCUGGAAGGGAAGCACUCGAAUCCCUCCGAACUUUCCAAGUCUAUCCAUGAUUCAGAGACCUUGCCUUCUCCCUUUGGGAUUGUCUGUGUUCCUGGUAGUGAAUUGUUGCUGGUGUCUUUGCUUCUUUGCUCUUUCAAGAUCUCAUCAUUUUUAUAUGCGGUUUGGGGAGAAAAAGGACUUUUGUUAGAAAGGAGAUUUCAGAAAUGGUUUUGGAUCCUCUCUAAGUGUUUUUAGAGUUCUUGGGGACAGUAGCUCUAACCUUGGAGUAAGUUUCUGCCUUUGACCUGCAUGGAUUAUUUUUUCAGGCUGCGGAAUUUCUCGGCUUCUACCUGCAGUGUGGGGCACUUGGUUUGGUUGCAGAGUAAGAAGGUGGAAGAAUGAACUGUACUUGGUUAAGCAGUUGAAACCUUUUCUUGAGCAGGAUCUAUAAAAGCAUAAUUGAAUUUGUUUCACCCCCGUGGAUUCCAGUGGGCCCGACAGCACAACAGGUUUGCAGAUUUCUUUUGAAAUUCUUUUUUUUUCUCCCUUUGCCUCAGCGAAAGAAAAGAAUCUAUAUAACAGGUUCAUAUUCAAUUGUUUGGCUUUUCAGCACUUAUUCUGAAGACUUAAUAAGAUUUUUUAAUUUGACCUCUGAACACAGUGGGCUUUGUGAUUGAAGUGCUUUUAUAUUUACUUAAGGGUGCACAUUUUGAAAUCUUAGAAUAAGAUUUUGUUUGUACAAAGACCCAAAUUCUCAAGUGUGCCUAGAAAUAGCACAAACCUACUCUACUCAGGAUUAUUUUUACUUUUUCAGGGCAUUCUACUUAGAGCCUGUAGGCUAAUCACCUCCUUACUCCCCCUAUCUUUUAUUCCCCACCCCCUCAAGGAAUUUGAAAACGUGUUAGGAAUAGUCCUUUGUUUUACUAUGAACCCAGAAAAUUACAGAUUAUAAGAUCUGGAUAAUAAAGUAGUUUCCAAAAGCAUCUCAUGGGAAAUCACAGUGCUUGGCAUUCUCAAGUAGGGGAAUAAAAGGUGGAAUCCCUAAGAUAGAAAGGAAAAUAAAGAUAGAAAUAUGAAUUUCUAAUGGAAAAGAUAAUUGGAAAGCCAACCUUUUCAAAUAUUCUUCUAAUUAUGAAAGUUAGAAAAGAUUGUGAUGCUCAGAUUUAUCCUGUGAAUAUGUGAAGACAUAAUUAGCACCUAACUUAAUGGCAAAUCUAGGUAGAAAAUUUAAAACUCAUAGUAUAUUUAAGUUCAUGAAAAGUGUUAUAGGUUCAGUGGGCCUGGAACUUUGACUAAACUGAAAUACAGUUUAAUGCUGAAACUUUUAUGAAUAUGUGUAGCAUCUUUGGCCAUCUCUCAAGGUGUGGUCUGAAAUAUUGUUCCCUCUCCUUCCCCUUAAAAAAAAAGCUCUGUGAUUUUUAGUCUUUUUCCAUUGACAAGUUUUGUAACUUCCAAGGGCCACCUCUUCAUUUUCCGAGCUGGAGUUUUUCACUCUCAUCUUUGAUGCAUGGCCUUAGUCGUUUACUUUGCCUUGUUUUGUUCAUUAACAUUGGGUUUAGUGGCUCGAGAAGUUGUUGCAUAUGCAAGACCAGCACCAGGUGAUCUGACAUAAUAAAAAUUCAGGAUGUGACAUUCAACCUCAAGCAACAUUGAAAAUUCCAAAGAGAAGUGCGAUAUCUUUACUAAUCAUAGUGAAGAUGGGAGAAAAUGACAUACUUGAAGCAGAAGUAGGCUGACAGUAACCUUCUUCCCUGCUUGAGCAGGAAUACCACCUGUCCUUGGGAAUAUACUUUAGAGAAAGGAAGGGCCAAAACUACGACUCGGCUUUCUGAAACUGAAGCAGAAAUUUCUUUUCCUCCGUUUGUCUGGAUUUGAGAACCUGCGUUUGGUCUUAGCUAGUGGAAGCAGUAUGUAUGGCCGAAGUGCAUCGCUGCAGCUGGUAGCAUGAGUGGUGGCCACCAGCUACAGCUGGCUGCCCUCUGGCCCUGGCUGCUGAUGGCUACCCUGCAGGCAGGCUUUGGACGCACAGGACUGGUACUGGCAGCAGCGGUGGAGUCUGAAAGAUCAGCUGAGCAGAAGGCUAUUAUCAGAGUGAUCCCCUUGAAAAUGGACCCCACAGGAAAACUGAAUCUCACUUUGGAAGGCGUGUUUGCUGGUGUUGCUGAAAUAACUCCAGCAGAAGGAAAAUUAAUGCAGGCCCGGAUGGCGGGGGAGCGGGGAGCCAGCGCCGUCCUCUUUGACAUCACGGAGGAUCGUGCUGCUGCUGAGCAGCUGCAGCAGCCCUUGGGGCUGACGUGGCCCGUGGUGUUGAUCUGGGGUCACGAUGCCGAGAAGCUGAUGGAGUUUGUGUACAAGAACCGAAAGGCGCACGUGAGGAUUGAGCUGAAGGAGCCCCCGACCUGGCCAGAUUACGAUGUAUGGAUCCUCCUGACGGUGGUGGGCACCAUCUUUGUGGUCAUCCUGGCCUCGGUGCUGCGUAUCCGGUGCCGCCCCCGCCACACCAGGCCGGACCCCCUUCAGCAGCGAACAGCCUGGGCCAUCAGCCAGCUGACCACCAGGAGGUACCGGGCCGGCUGCCGGGGCACCCGGAACGAGUGGCCAGACUCCGGGAGCAGCUGCAGCUCCGCCCCGGUGUGCGCCAUCUGCCUGGAGGAGUUCUCCGAGGGCCAGGAGCUCCGGGUCAUUUCCUGCCUCCAUGAGUUCCAUCGUACCUGUGUGGACCCCUGGCUGCAUCAGCAUCGCACUUGCCCCCUCUGCAUGUUCAACAUCGUAGAGGGAGAUUCGCUUUCGCAGUCCCUGGGAGCCUCUCGAGCUUACCAGGAACCGGGCCGGAGGCUCCACCUCAUUCGCCAGCACCCCGGCCACGCGCACUACCACUUGCCCGCCGCUUACCUGUUGGGCCCUUCCCGGAGCGCGGUGGCUCGGCCCACCCGGCCCGGCCCGUUCCUCCCGUCCCAGGAGCCAGGCGUGGGCGCCCGGCACCACCGCCAACCCAGAACCGCACACCCCCGGGCUCCGGGCGAGCCCCAGCGCCUGGCGGCGGCCCCGCACCCCUACGCGCCGGGCUGGGGGCUGAGCCACCUCCGCUGCACCUCCCAGCACCCGGCCACCUGCCCCGCGCCCCCUCGCCGGACCAGGCCCCACGACAGCAGCGGGUCCGGAGAGAGCUACCGCACCGAACGCAGCGGCUACCUGGCGGACGGGCCAGCCAGCGACUCCAGUUCGGGGCCCUGUCACGGCUCUUCGAGCGACUCGGUGGUCAACUGCACGGACGUCAGCCUGCAGGGCAUCCACGGCAGCAGUUCCACCUUCCGCAGCUCCCUGAGCAGUGACUUCGACCCCCUGGUCUACUGCAGCCCCGACGGGGAACCCGCGGGGAGGACGGCUCCACCUCGCCUGGCCUCCCGGCCCCGUUCUCUGGACUCAGUGGUGCCCGCGGGGGAAACGCAGGUUUCCAGCCACGUCCACUACCACCGCCACCGGCACCACCACUACAGAAGGCGUUUCCAGUGGCACGGCAGGAAGGCUGACCCCGAAACUGGAGUCCCCCCGUCCAGGCCUGCCGCUCCUCGGACACAGCUCCAGCCAGAGCCGCCUUCGCCCGAUCUGCACGCGGCCAGGUGCAGCCCAGCAGCGCUUUCAGGGCAGCCUCCCGCCCUGCCGCGGCCCCGGGCCCUCACCGAGCCAGCCCCCGGGCCACCCGUCGCCUCCAGCCCCAGCCCCGCAGCCAAUAGCCUCUUCCACUUACAGAGAUCCAGCCUCUCUGUCCGACACCCACAGCGGAGACGGCGAGGGGUACCCCCGGAGCCCACCCCAGCCUCUCGAUCCCAGGACUUGACUACCCACCCAACUUGCCAGAUUUUCCCCCAUUAUGGCCCAAGUCUGGCACACCCUUGGUCCGCAGAGGCCCACCCACUGAUCUUCGGACAUCCAGGCCUGGAGAGGAGGCUGCUACCAGAAGCCCCGGGCCCCACAUACCUGAGUUCCCAGCCAGUGUGGUUGUGUCUGACUCCACGCCAGCCCCUCGGACCGCACCCAUCUGGGGAGGGGCCUUCCGCAUGGAGUUCUGGCACCCCGGAGGGCAGGCCAUGCCCUUACCCACACUGCCAGGUGCUACCAGCCCAGCCUGGCACAGAAGAGGAGCUGGAGGAGCUGUGUGAACAGGCCGUGUGAGAUGUUCAGUCCUGGCUCCAACCAAGAGUGCUCGCCGGAUGACUUGUGGCCCUCCCUGGCACAGAGUCCUGCUCCUCAGAAAAGAAAGGACUUCAGAAAACAACCCCCCCCCCUUUUUUUUGCCAUAUUCCUGGAACCACUGGCAGAGGGUGGUGAUGGUGGGUGGCAGGUGUCCUCUCCUGCUCCCAGCUCCAGCCCUUGUCUGCAGAACUAUCUGUGUCCAGCCAGGCAACCAGCUACCACUGGUGUGGGUGGGCUCCCUUGCAGGCUGCACUUUUCUGAGAGCAGGAAGCUAGGCACAGGUAGGCAGGUGUGAUAAAGGUGGUGCUCCUUCACCAGCCUGAGGACUUCUUCUUCAUCCCAGGCCUCAUGUUCAUACCAGCAAAUGGGUUCAGCUGAAUGAAUGAACCCUGCUCACCUCCUUCCUGAAGACAGUCUUGCACACCAGCUUUGGCUUCCCCUCAGUAAGGCUGCUGUAUCAAUGGCAAACCCAGUUCUUAUUGUUUUCCUUCUUUGCCAAAAGAUGAUGGGCUUUGCAGCCUCACCAGGCAUGGCCUGCCCUGGUGCACAAGAGGAGUUUUCCCUCCUUGUCCAUACUUGUCAGCUCCUCUGUAUUCAGUCCGAGGAGAGGCCAGGGUGUACAGUCCCUGAGAACCUGGGGUGAAGCCUCUGAUCUUCAGGCUCCCUGGUCAUUCCAGCAGCCCCAGUCCCUCUGGGGGAGAGUGGUGGGGGUAGUGGGAAGGGACUCACUCUUCCUUGGAGAUCACUUAGCUGGAAAUCCCAAAGGAAGUGGAAGAAGAGGAUUUCUGCUGGACUUUAUUUAGGAAGAGGGAGGAAGGGAUGAAGGUAGAAAAGGCUGAAUUACAGCUGAACAAAGAAUUUUUCUCUCGACACUUCCUCUCGGAGCAGGGAUAGGUAGCAGGGGAGAACAAAGGAGGAGCAGUUUAGGGCCCUUGGAUUAGAUGGCCCGGAGGCCCAGCUUCCCAGUAUAAGCCAUGCAGGUCAGAUUCACACAGUGUGGAGUGGGGUCAGAGAAGGAAGUCGGGCCUGGGGCAGCUGAUCCCAAGUGGGCAAGAGCUGAGGGGCCUCCUCGGGGCGACGUUCGCCCUAGGGCAGCUGGACCAUCGCUGGCCCCCUCGGGCGUUAUCCCAUUUGGAAUGUGAAUGUGGGAACAGAGUGGGCGCAGCACCCCACCUGGGGAUCCUCUUCCCUCAGAGUCAGUGGGGAACUAGCACCUAGGCACCCAUGUGGGUAUUUAUAUCUGAACAGGCAGAAAGACGCUUGAAUCAGGCAUUAUGAUGAGAAAUGUAUUUAUUUGCUAAUAUAUUUAUCCAUAAACUUGA